UAGUCUCCUCCCUACAAUUUUCUUCCUGGUUGUGUGUGGAUGUAUUUUUCCAACGUGGACACGGGUUCCAUCCCCAAGGGAACAAAGCCAAGAGACAAUGGCGUGGUUUUUGACGGGGUUGUUGUUUUUCUCCAUCACUGGGACACUCGCUGGUGCCGAGUGUCACUGUAGCACUGCAGCUGACUGUGUCGUGUUCCCCUCUACUCCCUGUAGCCAGGUCGGUGAUCCAGACAGAUGUCAGGAAGGAUGGUUCGGUUCCUACUGUCAAAGACAAAAUAUUGCCUUAGGAAGAAGUGCCACACAGAGCAGUACUUUCAGUGAAUCCAGUGUCAGGACAGGGAAUACAGCACACAGUUUCGAGGCCUGGUACGCCGUGGAUGGCAGAGCUACCACCGACUUCUAUAGUAAACCACUGACAUGUACACAUACAUUAGGGGGGGUCCAGACAUGGACUGUGAACCUGAACAACUCAAACAGAGACAAGAUACAACACAUCAGGCUGUAUCUACGUCAGAACUUCCAAGACCGAAACAAUGGUAUGAAGAUAUAUGUUGGUGGGCAGCUUUGCAUCGGGUGGUCAUGGAAUACCUACCCGCUUGCUAUAACGGACUUCAAAUGUCAACAAGCACUGACAGGAAACAACCUCCAAAUACAGACAAGGAGUUUUCUCACGUUGUGCGAGGUGCAGAUAUUUGUUUGUAGUGACAGUUGGUUUGGUGAGGACUGUGACAAACAGUGUCACUGUUCACUAAACACAGACGUAUGUGAUAAGAUCACUGGGCAGUGUCUGAGUGGAUGUGCUCCAGGAUACAUGGGAACAGACUGUCAAACAGCGUGUCCAGAUGGUUCCUAUGGCAUCAGCUGUGCCUCCCAGUGUGGAAACUGCCUUGAUGGUCAUGUGUGUAACAAGUCAACAGGAAUAUGCCCUGGAGGAUGUGCAGAAGGAUGGAUGAACGAUACCUGUGUACAUCCAUGUCCUAAUGGUUACUAUGGUACGAACUGUGGCUUCCAAUGUGGCAACUGUGUGGAUGGUGACGUUUGCAUCAAGACAAAUGGAACAUGUCCUGGAGGCUGUGCAGCAGGGUGGAUCAACGACACGUGUCAUCAAGCAUGUCCAGAUGAUUACUAUGGUACUGACUGCACGUCCAAGUGUGGAAACUGUCUGGACAAAGAUGUGUGUAACAAGUCAACGGGAUUAUGUCCCAACGGAUGUGCAGCAGGGUGGAUGGAUAACACGUGUCAUAACGUGUGUGAAGACGGGAGGUACGGCAUCGGUUGCACGUCAGAAUGCGGUCACUGCAAGAGUGGUGCAGUAUGUGACAAAAUUAACGGAACCUGCGGGAGUGGAUGUGAUGGAGGGUAUUCAGGUGCUCGCUGUGAGAUAUGUGAAGACGGCAGGUACGGCAGUGGUUGUACGUCAGAAUGUGGUCACUGCAAGAACACCACAGUAUGUGACAAAACUAACGGAACCUGCGGGAGUGGAUGUGAUGGAGGGUAUUUAGGUGCCCGUUGUGAGCUGUGUGAAGACGGGAGGUACGGCAGCGGUUGUAUGUCAGAAUGUGGUCACUGCAGGAACGGCACAGUAUGUGACAAAACUAACGGAACCUGCGGGAGUGGAUGUGAUGGAGGGUAUUCAGAUGCCCGUUGUGAGCGCCUGUCAGUUACUGAUGAUAAAGAAGACUCUAUGGCUGGAAUAAUUGGAGGGACAGUUGCAGCUCUGUUGGCCAUCGCCAUCGUCAUAAUCGUCGUCGUUAUCAUCUUCAGGCGGAGGAAGGAACCAAAACAUGACAACGAGAGACUGCAGUCCACGAAAGAUAUGACUAACUUAAAAAUCAGAACUGAAAAGGCAACCAGAAAGAAUCCCAGUUCAACACCGCCGACAAAGGACGAUGAGGACGAAGAUGCAACCCUAGGUGUUGAAACUGAAGUGGACGUAGUUAACGACGCUUCCGCCACCUACUACAACUUUGUACCGCCUCACAUGACGCUGGGCACUCUGCAACAGUGUAUAAUUGAAAAGAAAACUAAGGCUACUUUUCCAACAGAAUUUCAGGCCAUCCCAUAUGGAGCGAGACACCCACAUACCGUCGGCAAGCAGCCUGAAAACAAGAAGAAGAACCGUUUCCUUGCUCUUUAUGCGUAUGAUGAAUCGAGGGUAGUGUUGGCAGAUGGGGAGGACUACAUCAAUGCCAAUUACAUCUAUGGUUAUGAUGAUACUCAAAAGUACAUAGCCACACAAGGACCCAAGCCGGAUACAGUCACUGACUUCUGGCGGAUGGUGUGGCAGGAGGACGUAACACAGAUAGUCAUGCUGACGAGGCUGAUGGAGUUGAACAAGAAAAAAAGUGCGAAAUAUUGGCCUGAUGCGACAAAGACCGAAACGUACGGAAACAUUCGGGUUAAUAACAAGGAUAUUACAACAAGAGCUGAUUACACAAUCUCUACUUUCUUGGUGCAAUGCUCUGGUGUCGAGAAAACUGUGACGCACUGCCACUUCACGUCUUGGCCUGACCAUGGUGUUCCUUCUGCUCCUGCCCUCGUCAACUUCUGGAGACUGGUGAAACAGGGGGAUAUGGGCUGGGGACCCAUGGUGGUGCACUGCAGCGCUGGAGUAGGAAGAACAGGAGCGUUCAUUGCCCUGGACUACCUGAUGGAUGAAGCUGAGGGUGACAACAGGGUCAACGUCUACAUGUGUGUUGGCAAAAUGAGACUAUACAGGAUGAACAUGGUCCAGACGGAGAGUCAGUACGAGUUUGUCCAUGAUGUCGUCCUCGAAGCACUCCACAGUCGGGGAACACUCUACACUUUGCCAGACUUCGACAAAACAUUCGGCCUCGGAGAAUCCUUCACCACCCAACAGCAGGCCAUGCUGAAAAAGGAAUUCAAGUUACUUAGAGAGCUAUCAUCUAACCUUACAGAAGAGGCAACAUCACAUGCACUGCUUCCAGAGAACUCGGACAAAAAUAGGAGCUUGGAUAUUCUUCCCGGAAAUAAUUCAAGGCCGUAUCUGUGUACACCUGUCCAGAAGCGAAAUGACUACAUCAACGGAGUUUUUCUACCAACAACUCUGCAUCUGUCAAGCCUGAUCGUCACCCAGACCCCGCUACCAGACACUGUGGUGGACUUCUGGAGACUUGUGUAUGACCAUGACUGUUUCACCAUCGUCUGUCUGGAUGACGCACAGGAAUCAACUGGAAUGUACCCUGAAGAAAACAAAGUGCUCAAACAGGGACCAUUCAAUGUUGUGCAAGUGGAAGCGGAUUCAAACAGAGAAUUCUACACGGAGAAGGAGUUGACGCUUGCACAUGGCAAGGAGAACAGCGAGAAGUCGAUCAGUGUGUUUUGCCUCCAAUCACUGGAUAUUCUGACCAACACUGAAGCCCUUCACGAGCUAGUCAGUAGAGUGGACAGGAUCAUCAGCUCUGCUGACCACAAGGUUCUGGUGCACUGCCAUGACGGCGCCGGAGCGAGUGGUGUGUUCUGUAGCGUCCUGAACAUCAUCACCAGGCUGAAGUUGGACAGAACAGUGGACAUCUUUCUCACCAUUCGGGAACUACAACGUGUACGACCCCAGUUCAUACAGACCUUUGAUCAGUUCAAGCUGUGUUAUAACAUGGUGAAGGAAUACAACCGUGCCUCCAAUGUCUACGCCAAUCUGUGAUAAAUGUGUAAUAAAGGUUCUCCGUAUACAGAGCAAAAGAACAACAACCUGUCUGAACCAGACAGAAGAUGAACUUACCUUGUGUUAUUAACUCUUUAUUUCCUGUACAUGCUGUGUCCAUGUUAAUGGUUAAGUAUAGCACUGAAGAGAUUAUAUGCACUUUUACCCAAUACCCAACGUAUAGUAAAUAUAUUUUGAUUUAUCUCGCACCUUGUUAAGACCGCUCUGUAUGUUAGUCCUAUCAUGUACCUUCUUCUUUAUUCUAAGCAAUAAAUGUAUACUAAUUGUCAAUUCAAUAAUAGUUCAUAACAUCGGCUUGAAAAACUGGACAUAGCGUACUUUGAUUGCAUUGAAAGAUGAUUGUAUCUAUAAGCAGGGUGAGACGUCGUGAUGGCGUCUUCCCGGAAUGCCGGAACCGGCUUCAUUGCUUUACAUGAUUAGAAUGUCUUUUAAUUGUCACAUCUAUUUUUCUUUCAUUUUCCUUAGUAUUACAGGCACCGCCCAUUACUAACCCCUACAUGUAAAUUGUACAUUCAAAUUUUAUACGACAACAACGGAUUAGUUCAGCAACCGCAACAUGCCGGCAUUCCGGGAACAAACCGUCGUCAUAGCGCCUGGUACCAAUGGGACUCAGACAAUGUAUAGUAGAGUAUGAGGAAACCUAUAAUGGAGCUAUAUAUGUAUGUAGCAUAACACACAAAUAAUUUAUCUUUUUGAUCUGCACAGGAGACUCAGUCCACAUCCCUUGUGCACGAUACAUUUGCCAGAAAUGAUCCAGGCAGGAGAAACUUGACUUUAGCCUUUGGAACAAGAGUGCCUUCAUUCAAUACCAUUUUAUAAAACUUUUUCGAUUUGUUAAUCUUCGUUUGUGCGUAACCAUCCUCAAUAGAACACCUUCUUGCCAAAUUCUUGAUAAUGUACUUGUUAAAUUACAUGUAACUGUCUCAUUUAAGGAAUAUACAUCUCUUGAUGUUCAGUAGAACGUGUGUUCACGUGUUCAUGUGGCCAUCUGUUUGAAAAGAAGCCUUACACUACAUCACCUUCAUCGCACAGUUAAACAAAUGUACACUAUAUAACUAGUUAACCUAAUGCAUGUGUCAAGGAUCACAACUACAAUAUCAUCAAGUAGCUACAAAUAAGGAACAACCUGUAUGUUAUGUAGAAAUUAAAACCGUUUCGAAGAAAAAUAAACAAGAGGUGUUCUACA